AUGGCUACACUGUUCGAAAAUUAUUUUGGUGCAAAUAGCACCGGAGCUUCUGGCAGUCAUGGUAAAUCAUCGAAAUUUAAUUUGGAAACACUAUGUGAUUUUUCACAUUUAAAUCCACGUGUUCAAAAACAUUUGAAAAAUGUUUAUACAUGUUUAAUGGUUGCCACUCUCUGUGCAACGAUUGGUAUAUUUAUGAGUUUAAAUGGAUGGAUGAAUUAUCCACGUUUGGCUGUUUUGGGUAGCAUCAUAACAUCGGUGUGGUUAUUCAGUACUGAGUUUAAUUCUCAAAAUCAAAUCAAAUGUUUUGGUUUAUUUGCGACAACGGCAUUUUGUACAGGAGUUUAUUUGAAUCCAUUAAUCGAUUUAGCUAUCAAUAUUGAUCCACAAAUAUUGAUGACAGCAUUUUUAUUGACAACAUGCGUUUUCGUUUGUUUUACAUUGAGUGCAUUAUGGACAGAAAAACGUACUUAUUUAUAUCUUGGAGGUCUCUUAGGUUCUGGUACAUCAAUCUUAUUAGUACUCAGUUUAAUGAGUUUAUUUGGUCGUUCUGAGUUAUUAUUUAACAUUAAUUUAUAUCUUGGUCUUGCACUUGCAUGUGGCUACAUUUUGUAUGACACACAAUUGAUUGUUGCUCGUGCUCAGAAUGGUGAAACAAAUUAUGUCAGACAUGCAUUAAUGUUAUUCAUUGAUAUGGUCGAUUUAUUCGUUCGUAUAUUAAUUAUUCUCAUUAAAAAUUCACAGAAGAAGGAAAAGAAAAGCAACAAUCGUUAA